AUGGAAGAGAAGGGGCCCCGUCAUGAGGCCUCGCAAGAGACCCUGAUCUCGCUCCUGCAGCUCGAUCCCUCUCCGAUAGAAACACCGCCUGCCGACACCGACAAAGAUCUCCCGCCCCUGCCAGAGGACAGCCAACAAGACGGCGACCAGUCAACUUUGGCGUCGUCGUCAACGGCCAAGUCAGGCACCUCCGGGUCCGUCGGCCUCAGCGGCAGCGGCCACGGAGCCCUCUACUACCGUACGUCCCCGACCCCUCCGGAUGCCGUCUGUCUAGGAUCACGCUCGUGCUCGUCCUCGCGCCCUCAGUCACUGACCAUCUAUCCCUGCCACAUAGUAUCGCGCAUCCAACGCUACUCCUCCUACGCCUUCACCAUCUUCGCCAGCAUACACUUCGCGACCACCUCCCUCGUGCCCCUCGUCACCCGCUCCGUCCCGGCCUCCGAGACCUCCCUCCUCCUCGCCCGCGAGAUCUACCAGACCCGCAUCUCGGAACCGCUGCUCGUCGCCAUCCCCCUGGUCGCGCACGUCGGCUCCGGCAUCGCCGCCCGCCUCCUACGCCGGAGCCAGAACCUACGGCGCUACGGCGGCGCCACCCCGGGCGUCUUCGCCCUACACAAGCAGCGCGCCGCCGGGCUCCGGCCGCUGCGCAUCUGGCCGCGCCUCGGGUAUAUCUCCAUGUCGGGCUACGCCUUCGCCGUCUUCCUCGGCGCCCACAUCUUCGUCAACCGCGUGCUGCCCAUCGCCGUCGAGGGCGACAGCGCCAACAUCAGCCUCGCCUUCGUCUCGCACGGCUUCUCGCGGCACGGCCUCCUCUCGUGGCUGGCCUUUGUCGGCCUCUUGGCCGGCGGGUGCGGCCACAUGGUCUGGGGGUGGGCCAAGUGGCUAGGCCUGGCGGACAAGGCCGGGUGGAUCGGCGACAUGCCCGUGACGAGCGGCAACAAGGCCGUGGACAAGGCGACGCGCAAGCGGAGGAGGAGGGUGUGGAUGGGCAUCAACGGCUUCGCGGCGCUGGCGACGCUCCUGUGGGCGGCGGGCGGCCUCGGUGUGGUGGCCCGCGCUGGGCCAGUGCAAGGCUGGGUCGGGAAGCUGUAUGAUGAGAUGUAUGACAAGCUGCCCCUAUUGUAG